AUGACUGAAAACAUAAGCAAAGUUAAUAGUACAAUUGUUGAAUUGUUGGGUAUGUCUGAUUUAUUUAGAAGAAUGCAAAAUUCAUGUUGGGGAAAAUGCAUACCCGAUGUUCAUGAGCCAUUUUUAUCAGUUGGUGAAACAAGCUGUGUUGAUAGGUGUGUUCAUAAAUAUUUGGAGAUACAUACAUUGGUAGGAAAAAAUUUACAAGAAUCACAAAUUAUGAAAUAG